AUGUUCUAACAACCUCAAGCUGACAUAUUAGCAAUGCCUGAUUCUUAAGAUUUUAUGAACAAUUAAUAAAUAACUACCGGAACAACAAUUAUGGCUGUAGUAUAUGAUGGUGGAGUAUUAAUCGGAGCUGAUUCACGUACAUCUUCUGGCUAAUACAUAGUAGAUAGAGUUGCUGAUAAAUUAGAUUAUGUACACGAUCGUAUUUUUUGUUUAAGAAGUGGAAGUGCAGCUGAUACUUAAACAUUAUGUACUUAUGUACGUUAUUAUAUAGACGUUCACACAGUAGAAUCUGGCAGAAGGCCUGCAGUAAAAACAGCUGCUAAGUUAUUUUAAAAUAUGAUUUAUGAAUACAAAGACAAUCUUUCAGCAGCCGUUAUUGUUGCAGGAGUAGAUGACUUAUUAGGACCUUAAAUUUAUAAUGUUAAUCCAAACGGAAGUAUUUUUAAAUAAUAAUGUGCUACUGGAGGAAGUGGUAGUGGUUAUAUUUAUGGAUUUGUAGAUUCAAAUUUCAAAGAAAAUAUGAGCCUUGAUGAAGCCAAAAAAUUUAUCAAAUAAGCAAUUUCACUUAGUAUGAGUCGUGAUGGAUCGUCUGGAGGUAUAAUGCGAUUAAUGAAUAUCACUAAAGAAAAAGUUGAGCGUGAAUUUGUAGAUUUAAAGGAUUUGCCUUAUCGUUUAUAUUGAUUUUUUAUUUUAUUUUAUUUUUUGAUAAUAUUAUUUAUUUGAUUAUUU